ACACCCCGCUUGUCACAUGUAACCCUGUUUAAGGGUACCAGUGGAUCUGAAGAAAAGCCAGUAGACACAAAGUUUGGAUUUGAGCCCACAAACUCUGAACUUUCAAGAUGGCAAUGAACAAAAAUAAGUUAUGGCUUUGGCUACGUUUAAGGCCGACACAACCCACCUGGAGGAGGAUGAGGGCUCAGAUCCAAAAAGUGCCGCAGAUCGUGGAGCUGCUGAGGAAGAAGACGGUGGGGCUGCAGCACUUCAAGCCCACAUCAUCGGUGUGCGUCCUGGAGGACAAAGAUGCUGUGGAGGCUGCGCGGUGCCCGCACGCCUCUGCCUCCUUUCCCCGCUCGGGGGCGCACAGCCUGGAGGCCAUUCCUGGACCCACUAACUGGCCUCUGGUGGGCAGUUUGGUGGAGCUCCUGCGCAAAGGAGGGCUCACUAGACAGCACGAAGCGCUGGUGGAUUACCACAAAAGAUUCGGGAAGAUCUUCCGAAUGAAGCUGGGCUCCUUCGAGUCGGUGCACAUCGGCGCGCCUUGCCUCCUGGAGGCGCUCUACCGUAAGGAGGGGGCGCACCCGCAGAGGCUGGAGAUCAAACCCUGGAAAGCCUACAGGGAUAUGAGGGAUGAGGCGUACGGGCUUCUCCUACUGGAGGGCAAGGACUGGCAGAGGGUGAGAAGCACCUUCCAGCAUAAGCUAAUGAAGCCAACAGAGGUGAUGAAGUUGGAUGGUAAAAUCAAUGAGGUGAUGGCAGAAUUUGUGGGCAGAAUUGGACAAAUCAAUGUGGAUGGCAAGAUUGAAGACUUGUACUUCGAACUCAAUAAAUGGUCUUUUGAGACCAUUUGUUUGGUGCUGUAUGACAAGCGCUUUGGUCUCCUGCAAGAGAAAGUCAACGAGGAGGCCAUGAACUUCAUCACUGCUGUCAGAACGAUGAUGAGCACCUUCGGCAAGAUGAUGGUCACUCCCGUGGAGCUCCACAAGAGCCUUAACACAAAAACAUGGCAAGAUCACACCAACGCUUGGGACAACAUUUUCAAAACAGCCAAAGUGUGCAUCGACAAGCGGUUGAAGCGUAACGCUACCAGAGCGCCAGACGACUUAAUUGGGGACAUCUUGCACCAUAGCAACCUCUCCAAGAAGGAAUUGUACGCUGCCCUCGCCGAGAUGCAGAUUGGUGGUGUGGAAACGACUGCCAACAGCAUGCUGUGGGCUAUUUUCAACCUGUCGCGUAACCCCGGCGCCCAGAGGAAGCUGCUGAGUGAGAUCACAAGAGUGGUGCCCCCCGAGCAGCAGCCGUGUGGAGAACACCUCAAGAGCAUGCCCUACCUCAAAUCCUGCCUCAAAGAGUCCAUGAGGUUAUCGCCAUCCGUUCCGUUCACCAGCAGGACCCUGGACAAAGACACUGUGUUGGGAGAUUAUGCCAUUCCCAAAGGAACAGUCCUGAUGAUCAAUAGCCACGCCAUCAGUGCCAACGAGGAGUACUUCACCGAUGGCCAACACUUCAAACCCGAACGAUGGCUGCGUGAGAACAGCACCGUCAAUCCUUUCACCCACGUCCCCUUCGGCAUCGGCAAGAGGAUGUGCAUUGGCCGACGGAUAGCUGAACUGCAGCUUCAGCUGGCGCUGUGCUGGCUGGUCCGAGAUUAUGAGAUUGUAGCGACGGAUCAAAAGCCACUUGAUGUGAUCCACUCGGGAUUGUUGAUUCCUAACAGAGAACUACCAGUGGCCUUCAUCAGGAGAUGAGGGCUAGGCUAAGUGAUGCCGAUUUCCACCAAAUGUAAAGACGGUACCCCUACCGGACCACUGACUCCCUGUAUUGCUGCUCUGUAAAUAGACAUAAAAUUGCUUAACAUGUAAUCACGCCAUAAAUACCUCAAACUUAUUUAAAACUAUUACCCAAGACUGUUGAUGGCUGAAAUAGCAUUUAUUGUAUACAAAUUUUUAGGCAGCUGUCUUUUAAUCUUAUGAACUUCCUUUAUGUAGAUGUUAAACUAUACUAUAUAACUUGCCCAUGUUUAUUUUUAUUGUGUAGAUAUACUGUUUUAAGUAGACAUAUUUUAUUUGUGUGAAUAAAUACAUGAAUAAAAAA